UUUAUCAUCGGUGCAUUCACGCGCCUGUCUUUCUCUUCUGCUUCCUCAUUUUUCCAUUUCUGCUGUUCUCAUUAAACUCCAUAACAUAAAAGGCUCUCCAUUUUCGAUUUUAUUGUUGAAAAUUUCUGUCUUUUAUUUGUUUUGCUAAUAAAUCUAUCCCCUCUUGGCUUUGGGUUCUUGUUGAAAAUUCUUGAAGAACCCUUCUUUUUCUUUUUCUUUUCCCUUGUUUUCUUGGGUAUAUUAUGGUCGAUGAAAUCUGGGUUUAUUUGCAGAGUUUUGUUAGCUGAAUAACAAUGGCCCAAGGCAGAAGAUACCUCCAUAAUGAGCUAUUAGAUCAUCAGCAGAUAUUGCAAGAUGCACGGCAUCGUUGGCUUCAUCCCGUUGAAGUUUGUGAAAUACUUAGAAACUACCCCAAGUUUGGCUUAUCGGACAAGCCGCCCUCCAAGCCUCCUGCUGGAUCUCUGUACCUGUUCAACCGGAAAACAAUUCGAUACUUUCGUAAAGACGGUCACGAGUGGAGGAAGAAGAAGAAUGGAAAAACUGUCAGAGAAGCUCAUGAAAAGUUGAAGGUUGAAAGUGUGGAUGUUCUUCAUUGUUACUAUGCACAUGGUCAGUUUAAUGAGAAUUUUCAGCGACGUUGCUACUGGAUGCUUGAUGAGGAGUUCGAACAUAUUGUUUUUGUUCAUUACAGAGAUGUAAACAAGGUGUGCAGUUCUGGAACCUCCCGUUUACUACCGGACCCAGGAUUACAGAGUGUUAGCCUGCAAACUGCUUCAGCUUCUUCCCUAGCACAGGAAAAUUCACCUGCAGCUACAAUUGAGAUAUCUCUUGCAUCGGCGAGUAGAGUUGAUGUUGAUUGGAAUGGGAAAACAUUAUGUCCUGAAUUUGAGGAUGCUGACUCUAGGGAUUAUCCAAGUGCCAAUUCUCCUGACCAACCUGUAUAUGGUUCCAUAUCUUGUACUGCUUCAAUUGAACCUGAAGUUGCUGGUUUUCCAGAAUCUAACUUUAAUCAUGGCACUGUGUCUGGGCCAUGUUUCUGGCCUGGCAUCCAUAACUUGGCCACAGAUACCGUUAGCAUUCCAGAUCAAAAGCUCUAUGUUGAACAGCCUGCGACAGCUGACUAUAUAACUCAUAGGGAAGCACAGUUGAGAGUGCAUGAUACCUCAGAUACUGAAACAUGUGGAGACAAGUUAAUCAACAAUGUAGGUGUCCAAGCAGCUGGAGAAUAUCCAGGGAAGCUAAUCCAGGAGCUACAGCAGUAUGAUUCCAUAGACAUUGGUGUACAUAAUGACAAACCAGGAGAGCUGAAAAAACUUGAUAGCUUUGGAAGAUGGAUGGAUAAAGAAAUUGGUGGAGAUUUUGAUGAUUCUUUGAUGGCUUCUGACUCUGCCAAUUAUUGGAAUACACUUAACACUGAGACUGAUGACAAGGAAGUAUCCAGUUUAUCCCGCCAUAUGCAGUUGGAUAUCGAUUCCUUGGGUCCUUCUCUUUCUCAGGAACAGUUAUUUAGCAUUGUUGAUUUCUCACCCGACUGGGCUUAUUCAGGUGUUGAAACAAAGGUUUUACUUGUUGGAAUUUUUUUGCGAAACAAAGAGCUUUCUGGCGCUGCCAAAUGGGGCUGUAUGUUUGGUGAAAUUGAAGUUUCUGCCGAGGUUUUGACCAACAAUGUCAUUCGUUGUCAAGUUCCUUCUCAUGCUCCUGGACGUGUUCCAUUUUAUAUCACCUGCAGCAACAGAUUGGCAUGCAGUGAGAUAAGGGAGUUUGAAUAUCGUCAAAAGCCACCUGGAUUUUCAUUUAUUACAGCUGUUAAAAGCACAGCACAAGAGGAAAUGCACUUGCAAGUUCGUUUGGCAAAAUCAUUGCAUGUUGGCCACAGGAGGAAGAGGUUGGUUUGUGCUGUUGAGGAUUGUGAUAAAUGUUUGUUGAAAAAUAACAUAUGUUCAACGGGAAUAGCCAGUGCUAAUGGUUGUAUACAAUCUAAAGAGGGAUUGAUUCUGAAUUUGCUAAAACAAAAACUCCGUGAGUGGCUGAUAAACAAAGUUCAUGAAGAUGGAAAAGUUCCACAUAUUCUAGAUGACAAAGGUCAAGGAGUUAUACACUUGGCUGCUUUUCUUGGUUAUGAAUGGGCAAUGGAUCCUAUAGUUGCUGCAGGGAUAAGUCCUAAUUUUAGAGAUGCACGAGGUAGAUCGGCUCUUCACUGGGCAUCAUACUUUGGAAGAGAAGAAACAGUAAUUGCACUUAUUAAACUAGGCGCAUCUCCUGGUGCUGUUGAUGAUCCCACACCAAAUUUCCCUGGUGGAAGAACCGCAGCUGACUUAGCAUCAAGUAGAGGUCACAAAGGAAUAGCUGGAUACCUAGCUGAAGCUGAUUUGAUCACCCGUCUUUCUUCAUUGACUGUUAACCAAAAUGCGGUAGAUAAUGAUGCUGCCACUAUGGCAACACAAGAGGCCGUUCAGACUGCUUCACAAGUUGCUCCGUCUAAUGGGGCAUUAGAUGAGAAUUGUGCAUUGAAAGGUUCCCUUGCUGCUGUUAGAAAAUCAGCUCAUGCAGCUGCUCUAAUUCAAGAUGCAUUUCGAGCUCGCUUAUCCCAUUUACAAUCAACUAAAGGCAAUGAUGAUAUGUCUGGAGUAUCACUUGAUCUUGGUAUUCUUGGGUCUUGGAAUAGGCAUCAAAAGAAUCAUUUUGGAGACUAUUUGCACACUGCGGCUUCGAAGAUCCAACAUAAGCAUCGUGGCUGGAAAGGAAGGAAUGAGUUUUUUAAGAUAAGAAAUCGAAUUGUGAAAAUUCAGGCUCAUGUUAGGGGGCAUCAGGUUCGUAAACAGUACAGAAAGCUCCUUUGGUCUGUUGGUAUAGUUGAAAAGAUAAUCUUGCGAUGGAGGCGUAAAGGUUCUGGUCUACGAGGAUUCCGGGUGCAAGCUGUCGUUGAAAAUGCAGCAUCAGAUACAAACGCAGGUGAUGAAUACGGAUUUUUAAGAGUCGGUCAACAACAGAAAAUUGAUGGAAUCGAAAAAGCUCUAGCAAGAGUGAAGUCCAUGGCUCACGAUCAGAAAGCUCGUGAGCAGUACAUGAGGCUAACUACAAGAAUUGGAGAGUCAAAGGUGCAAUUUUGAGCUUUUGUUGUAAUAAUCUGAAGGGGUUUAAGGUUUGUGGCUGAAUUAGUAGUGACAGAAGAAGCAAUUAUAGCAGCAAUGCAGUAGCAUUAGCAUUAGCAUUAGCACAGGCUGCUGUUGCACUUCAUCUUAUAAAUGA